CUAUGCUCGGGCAAUCUGUAGAGGAAGGAAGCUAUGAUCGCCGUUGCCUAUCGAAGUUCACAGUAGAUUUCGGAGAUCCGACGAACUUGUGGGGCUCGUCCGAUGCACUCCUUCCCUUAUCAGCUUAUCUGCGCCCAGUCUCGUCCGCGCCUUGCUCGUUGGCACAUUGUUAUCACCUCAACAUCAGUUGCUAGCUGAAAUUGUCUCAUACUGACCAAGAUGGGCUAUCUCAUGCGAGUGAAAUGUGCAUAUAUGCCUCGAGAUGAUCGCCCGUAUUCUAGUCGGCAUAUUCUUUCAUUUGCGACAGCCUUCUCCACCAAGCGAACAUGCUACAAUCUGUGCAGCAGCUAAAAGCUGCUUCUCGAUCACCCAAGUCUUUGAAGGAACUGGUCCAAACUUCUGAUAGCGAUGGUACAGUCCGCUACAACAAGGAUCUGCUUCCAAGCCCUCCAGAGGACAGGAGAUGGCGAUGGCAACAUUACUUUGCCUACUACCUGACGAUGACGUUCAGUCCAAGCAGUUACAACCUCGGAGCCUCGCUCGUGUCCAUCGGCUUGCUCUGGUGGCAUGGAAUGAUAGCUGCUGUCAUCGGAUCUGGAAUCUUGACCGUCCUAGUCGUCCUCAACAGCCGUGGUGCCAUCAAGUACUUCGUCGGGUUUCCAGUCUAUGUCCGCGUCGCCGCCGGUGUCAGAGGCUCCUCGUUGUACAUCCUCGUCAGAGCAGUUGUUGCGAUCAUCUAUUUCGCCACACAAACAUACUACGGCGGACGAAUCACGACCGUGUUCAUGCGUGGGAUAUUUGGUAAUGGAUACAACAAUAUCCCAAAUCACCUACCUGCAAGUGCUGGUAUCACAUCUCGUGACCUGCUCAGCUUCUUCAUAUUCUGGAUGAUCCAAAUGCCCGUCAUGUUCAUUCAUCCCAAGGUUCUCCGUCACCUGUUCGUCGUCAAAGCAGUCUACACAACGAUUUCCCUCCUGGGCGUGCUCGGCUGGACUAUCAGCGCGAACGGAGGAAAGCUUGGCGACUUCAAGUACACCACCAAACAGACUCAACUGUCCGGUCAUGAGCUUAUCUGGCCCAUGAUAUCUGCCAUCAACUCCGUGAUGGGUGCUCUCGCGCCUGUUCUGAUCAACCAGCCUGACAUCGCCCGCUAUGGUCAUUCGUACAGCGACGUUACUUGGAGCCAGGGUGUCGGUAUCUUGAUCUCGAAAGUCUUGGUUAUGUUCAUUAGCACAGCCACUACCGCUGCUGCAACCAACGUCCUGGGAAAAUCUUUCUGGAACGUUUGGGAUCUUUACGGCGCUAUUCUCGACCAAUACUGGAGUCCUGGCGCACGUGCCGGCAUGGUGUUCGCAAGCUUUGGCAUGAUGCUUGCCGUGCUAGUCACAAAUGCUGGUAGCAACUCACUGCCCGUCGGCGCCGAUCUGACCGGUAUCUGGCCCCGCUGGUUGACGAUCGUCCGAGGCCAGGUGAUUUGCGCAUUACUGGCACCCCUGCUUGUACCGUGGAAGAUCAUUGCAUCGGCAACGUCUUUUCUCACCUUCCUCGGGUCCUAUACAGUGUUCCUCAUGCCAAUCUGCGCUUGCAUGGUGGUUGAUUACUGGAUCGUGAGGAGAGGCAACAUACAUGUCCCCUCGUUGUAUGUGUACACGCCCGAAAGCCCGUACACAUAUUACAAGGGAUGGAACUUGCGGAUGCUAGCCGCUUGGGUCGCUGGCGUGGCCUUCGUCGUUCACGGCAUAGCCAAUUCCCUGCAUCCAGGUUCGGUGGGAAUGGCGAGUUCCAACAUGUACAAGCUAGGCUUCAUCCUGUCAUUCACCAUGGGCGGCUUGGUCUAUUACGUCCUGUGCCUGAUUUGGCCUGUACAAAUCUUGCCUCAUGGAGCGGACAGAGCGCUCGCAUUCGAGGAGCUUGCUGCAAAUGAAGGUUUCUUUGACCAUGAGAACGUGGGCACCAUCACCGGUGUGCUGGAAGGGGAAGACGCCGACAACGUCUCUACUCCACAUUACAUUGCCGAAGGGAAGGAGAGCAAAGUUUGA